AUGCCAUCCUAUGGUCUGACCAAGCGUGGUACACGGUUUUUCUUCCUCGCCGUUAUAUUGUGUUUUGUCCUCCCUGGAAUACUUUACCACCGUGAAGCCGUACGAAACUAUUUUACCGACCACCUACCGCCAUUAUACGAGGACUAUCGAGGGCGGGAGCAAAAAUUGGAGCAUUACAAGGAGUACGAAACGAGGAAAGAUGUGAAAUAUCUCUGGUCAGCAAAUCAUGCACAUAGUUCAGGAUGGGGAAAUGUUAUGCAAGACUACGUCAUGAAUGGACUACUUGCACAUAGCACAGGACGCUCUUUUGUCUUUGAUGACUACAUCUGGAAUCCGGAUGGUUCGCUCUUUACGGAUUAUAAUGGUCAUUUAAUUCCCUCUCGCAUUCCUUUGACAGCACUAUUGAGCGGCAAGUACAACAUAGUCGAUCUCCGCGUAUACGCCCCAUUAACUCCGAUUGUUCUAGGUGUAAUGGUGGGUGGUCAAAUGCCGCCUGGCGAUACCACUCCUCGUGCGGUUUCUAAGACUUUCUUCAACAAAGUUUGCCCCAAUCCGACACUCCUUCAGGUGGGGGAUGUGAACGAUGAUCGUAUGCGAUUCGAUGAAGACGUGCCAGCUUCCUAUAUAUUCGAAAAGUGGCUCGAAAAAUUUAAGUCGAUCGAGGACCCGUGUGUAGAAAUCGAAUCAGGUAAUAAUGCAAUCUUUGAAUACUGGAUAUUUGGACACAAGAGGAUGCUGUCCAUAUGGGAAUACCUCAAGAAUUCCCCAGUAGCGACGCACUGGGAGUGGUCGCCUUUAAUACAUGAUGCAUACAAACGAAAUCGCCGCAUCUUUGUGCCGAAUGCAAGAUCUUCUCUUUUUGAAGGGCUCACUGGUUUGGCUACUGCGGAAAACUACACGAACCCGAUACCUGGCCUCUUAGCGCUGCACGUGCGAAGGGGUGACUUCCAAGACCACUGCAUCCACCUGGGCAAAUGGUCGUCAAAUUGGAAUGCAUUCAAUAUGUUCCCCGAGUUCUCCGACAAGUUCGACAGGCCUACUGAUGGCGGAUGGGGCGAGACAUCAGAGAAGAACAUGCAGAUGUAUAUGCAGCGGUGCUUUCCCACAAUCGAACAAAUCGUCCAGAAAGUCACACAAGUGCGCGUCGAAUCGGAAAAGCCGCUGACGCAUAUCUAUAUCAUGACCAAUGGCGCUACCGCUUGGGUUCAGGAGCUGAAGGGAGCCUUGGAGAGCUCUGGGAAUUGGGACCAGAUUAAGAGCAGCCGCGAUCUCGACAUCACAUGGGAGCAGAAAUUUGUGGUGCAGGCGUUGGACAUGUUUGUGGCUCAAAGAUCUGAAGUGUUGAUUGGAAAUGGGUGGUCGAGCUUGACCUCGAACGUUGUGAUGCUGCGUAUGGCACGGGGUUUACUCCCGGAUAGUAACAGAUUCUGGUAA